CUGAACUAGACGAGGAAGGAGAAAUCUGAGUUGGUGCAAGUGAAUACCAGUAGGCAACGUUCAAGGAUGUUUUAGCGGUUGUUUGGAAAAGACUUGCACAAAUCUAUCAUCUAAAGUUUCAAUGUUAGCAGUACAUACAAAGCUAGAAAGAAGGAUAUAGUAAGCAUAAUGGCCACUGGCAUGGAAACACUAAGCAGGCCAUACACAUGUUAAAUCCUGCUCAUUGCAUAUUUUAAAUAUUACUAAUUGUGUAGGACAUGUACACUGCACUAAAAUCCGUAUCCUGUUUUUUUUUUUUUUUUUUUUAAUGUAUAUUUUUAUCCUUUUGCUUUGUGGUUAUUACAAGUCACGCAUAAAAAUAUACCUCAUGUGGAUUUAUGAUUUGACACAGACUUUACAGGGACUCUUACUUUGAAAAGUAAACCGGAUGCGUCUUAUAAAAUACGCCUAUGACCCAGCCAUCUGAUAGCUCAGCCAUCCAAUGAAAUUGCAAUUUGUGCUUAGAGGAAGAGCGAUUCGUUGACUAGUUCAAGUUUGUUGAAAUACUCCGGUAGAAGCCAAUGCAGACUAUUUUAAAAACGCCUUUUUUCCUCUCCUGCACAAGCAAGAUGUUCUAACUCCGGAAAUUUGGAAGAAGGGGCUGUUUUCAUACAACAGUGUAUGCAUGCGCACGGAGGCAGCUGUCAACAUUUAAGCCAAACCACAGCGAGGAAUGCAUUAUUAAUGAACGUGUGUAGUCACGUGUAUUUCAAUAUUGUAUAAAUUACCGCAGGAAAAAAUCUUGUAGGGCUAGUUGUAGAGUAUUAACACCCGUCUUCUCUAUUGACACGCAUAAAAUGGGAUGCACUUUCCGUUAGCUCGCUAGCCAGUUUUUGUAAUGAUUUUGUUCCGUCAGUUAAUAUAUGUAAAGACUUGAAAACCCGACGUUAGGGAUGGAGGGACUAUGCCUGUUGGUUUAGCUAUUUAUUUAAUUGUACAUAAUGUCCUAUUUAAGCAACCGUAUGGCUAACAUUUAGCUAAGUUAUAUCUUAGGUGUCCGAAAUUGUUACUUGGCAGGCUAUCUAAUGAAUAAUGUAUUGGAAUACAAUGCUGCACGGCCCGUAUAUCAGCGUUGUGCGUUCUAAUUAAAUAAGGGGAAUAGUGUUGUUUAAACUAUUAGGAAGGUGACAUAUGUUUUGUCACCUCUCUAAAACAACAAAGCCGUUUGACCACUGCACCCUUUGGAGUGCCACAAUGGAUUCUUUUUUGGACUUCGAAGAAUGCAUCAAAGACUCUCCGGGUUUCAGGGCUUCUCUGGAUCAUUGUGAGAGUGAUGUAGGGGAAUUGGAAAGCCGAGUUGGGAAGGUGAUGAAGACGUGUAGUAAGAUGGUGGAGGCUGGCCAGGCAUACAACAACUCCAAUCAGCUGUUCCUGGCUGCAAUGGCAGAGUUUUCCUUGUAUCACAAGCGGGACAGUGUCGUCAUGAAUUGCCUGCGCCAGUUCAAUCAGGGGUUACAGGAGAUGAUGCAGUUUCAUACAAUGCUGCUUGACCAGACUCAGAGAGCCAUCACCCAGCAACUCACUAACCUCGUCUCACAGUUCCUGCCUCAGAUAAAGGAGACCCGAAGGGAAUUUGUGCGGAUUGGGGAGGACCUGGAGACUGCUGCUGGGAAGAAUGCCCAGAUAUCCCGCCACAAAGCCACGGAGGCUGAGAGGGCCAGCCACUUGCUGAUAGCCACGCGCAAGUGUUACCAACACUUUGCUUUGGACUACUGCUUGCAGCUAAACAAUUUUAAAGUCCAACAGAAGCUGGACAUCUUAAACUCGGUCUUUUCCUACUUCCACGCCCAGUACACAUUCUUUCACCAAGGCUAUGACUUGUUAAGAGACCUGGAGCCUACCAUGAAGACUAUGGCCACUCAGCUUGCUCAGCUUUCCACGGAGUGCUCAGUCAAGAGGAAAGAUCUGGAGAACACACAUCUUCUUGUUCAGCAGAGAGAUGCCUCCGGGGAGCCUGUCAUUGCCUGCACCCCAGCAGAUGGUGGAACUAUACAAGGCUACCUCUUUAAGCGAUCACGCAGGAAGAACAAGAUGUGGAAGAGAUGCUGGUUCUCCACUGAAAACAACCAGCUAGUGUACACUAAAUCACACAAGGAGGAGCCAACUGUGCUGUUUGAUGACCUCAGGCUGUGUGCUGUGAAGCCGCUGGACAGCAUUGACCGGCGCUUUUGUUUCGAACUGGUGUCAGUUCAGAAGUGCUGUGCCCUACAGGCGGACUCGGAGGAGCUGAGGCAGGCGUGGAUCAAUGCGGUGCAGGGCAGCAUAGACAUGGCCUACCGUGAGAAAGAGGAGACACGGCAACCCCAGCCCAAGGAGAGCUCUCCGCCAGUGCAGUCUGUGGACCCCCCACCAGGCCAGCCGCCGACCAGGCAGGCGGUGCUGGGAGUGGCCCUGCAGGGCUCCGGGAACCAGCUCUGCUGCGACUGCGGGAUGGAGGACCCGCGCUGGGCCAGUGUCAACCUGGGCAUCACCAUGUGCAUCGAGUGUUCAGGCGUCCACAGGAGCCUCGGAGUCCAUGUGUCCAAAGUGCGAUCUCUCACGCUGGACUCAUGGGACCCAGAGCAAAUUAAGCUCCUCUGUAUAUUGGGGAAUGAUGUCAUUAAUGGGAUCUAUGAGGAGUGCAGCUCGGAGGACGGCGUGAAGAGGCCCACAUCUCAAAGCCCACGGCAGGAGAAGGAGGCGUGGAUUAAGGAGAAGUAUGUGGAGAAGAGAUUUGUGCGAAAGGCCAGUUCCCCUGACUCAGAGACCGUGAGGUGUGAUGCUGGGCGACGGCUCUACCAGGCCGCCCUCCAGGGGGACCUUGUAUCCAUGGCAGCAGCUCUGGCCCAAGGGGCAGGGGUGAACUGGAGUGACCCAGAGCAGGAGGGGAGAACCGCUCUGAUUGGUGCAGCCAUUGGGGGUUCCCUUAUAGCGUGCGAGUUCGUGCUACAGAACGGGGCUAAUGUAAACCACAGGGACCAGCGGGGCCAGGGGGCUCUUCACGCCUCUGCCAUUGGGGGCCAGACAGGGCAGGUGUGCCUACUCUUAAAGAGGGGAGCCAAUCAAUACGCAGCUGACGAAAAGGGAAACGACCCGCUCAGCAUUGCCAUAGAGACUGCUCAUGCCGACAUUGUGACCCUGCUGAGAAUGGCACGAAUGAACGAAGAGAUGAGAGAUUCUGAGGGAUUCUUUGGCUUGGUUGGCGACGAUGAAACAUUCCAGGACAUCUUCCGAGACUUCAGCAACAUGGCGUCCAACAACCCAGAGAAGCUCUCGCGAAGACAGUUCAGCAGGAGUGAAGACGAGGAGAGGAACCGGCUGAUGAGUGAUCAACACGAAGAGGAAGAUGGAGGAGGAGGAGGAGGAGGAGGGGAUACUUAAGAUCACAUGAUCAGACUUUUAACGUCCAGUGCUCUUAAUCCAGCUGCUGCAUACAUCACUUCUUGUCUCUAUGAGCACUGAUUUAGGCGAGUCAGUCUGGACAGUAUUGUUUUUUUUGUCAUUCAUUUUACUUCUUCAGGAAAGUUAAACCAAGAAAUUUAGUGUCAGACUAACUAAAUAAUUACAAAGUGAAAGUGAAAAAUACUUUAGUUCCCUGGAGCACAUUUUGAUUGUGUCUCUUUGGUCAGGAACAGUGCCCCCCCCCC